AUGGUAGACGCAUUUACAUGCACUGCUUCACAAGAUGUUACAAACAGCAGUUGUGGAUUUCGUAGACAGUCUCUCACUCCAGAUUUUCAAGCAGGAUUUCAACCGUCUGAUCAAAUGCAAGAACAAACAUCAUUCGACGUAACGGGUCGAUGCAACAUACAUGCUCAUAUAGAAGGCAUUUCAAGAAGUUACAUCCCUACUUAUGUACAUUCAGAUUUCGUCCACGGGAUUGAUUCCAUACCUUUUGUACGAUCAUGUCCGAAUAUGGGUGAUUAUCAUGCAUUCGAAAAUGUUAAUAAUAGUCAUUCAAAUAGAUUAUUUAGUAGCCAGUUCCUGACUUCGUGCCCACCUGCUAUUCCUGAGGUGCAGUCGGAUCUAUCUCAAGACGAGGAAGUUUCUCGUCCAUGUUGCUUCUGCGCCCCAGUCAUACCAAAAACACACUGUGUUGAUAUUUGCUGUUUUAAAUCAAAGUGUUUGCUUCCAACUGUUUCACCAUGCUCACCUGACGCUCUUUUCUGCCUACUUUUCACUGGGCCCUGCAAAUGUCCCUUGUUUUCUUUCCCGCGUCACCGAGUAACUAAUGAAAAUCUUAUAAUUCUGAGCAUAAUUCAGUUGUUAUGCGGUUUCGCAGCUAUCGUCCUCUCGAGUGUUGCUUUCACCAAGGCGGUCUUUUUAUAUCAGAUGGCUACAGGAUUAUGGGCUGGAAUAUUAAUGGUGGUUACUGGAUUUCAUGGUCUUCUUGCUGCUCGUCGCCCUAUUGUAUGUGCCUUAGUAGGGUUGCUAGUACUGUGUAUGGUUGUAAGCUUGUCUGCGUGUGUUCUCAUUUGUGUUUCUGUGGCUGGGACAAUAGAAGAUGGUUUUCUUAGCAGUACUGUUACACGGAAAGGGUUUUCACGUGAACUUACAAAAUUUUCAUCAAGUCACCGCGAAAACAAAACUUUCUCCCAAAGGCACGACCCGAAGUUUGCAGUGGCGGCGUUGACAACCAGAACCCAGGAUUGGUCUGAUUUACAGCUUUCGGACUUUAAAAAUGUCCUACGUGAAACAUCUGAUACCUACUUGCGCACAUGCCAAGUUAUUUUGCACCUUCUUUUGUUGAUAGUCGGUAUUCUAGAAGCAUCAGUCAGUCUCGCAACAUCCAUUUUGUGUUGUCGGUGUGUUUGCUCAAAUUCUCUUAAUUUGCGAUUUCAAAAUUCACGUUCAUUACGUACUAAUAUAGUGUCAUUCAAUGCUGCUACAGCUAAUCAAGCAGCAUCUGUGCUUCGAUCAGGUGCAAUAAACGACUUUGUUGGUACUGGUAAUGUACUAUUAGCCCUCGAUUCAAAUGUACAUACACGAAAUUAUCCCAUCAGUAAUGCCAAUGAAGUAGUUCGUAAGCCACAAAUCCACCAUACAUUAAUCCCUUUUUUAUCAGAGUUGAAUCGUCACUCAUUAAUUCUCACACAAGCAGGUACUGGUACAGUAGCUUUAUCUGCCGCUCGUGCAGCUGCCAACCUAUUCGAUUCAGAGAGCUUCGAAACUCAAGAUCGAACUUCAGUUUCUUGCUCUUCCAGCAAUGAACAGUCCUCUAUUCGACAACCUGGUACCUUUAGUAGAUCUAUAUUUCGUCGUCUUAAAGGAUUGCGUCUUAUUCGCCCUAGUGAACCUCGUCCUCGUCUUCUGUAUACAACUCUCCAAGUCCCUAUAAAUGUUUCCAAUGCCCCCAAUUCUUCAUCUAAUCCACCUCCGUUCUCAUCUUCCACUACGAUUGUUUAUGUGAUGCUUUCACCUACACAUGAAGAACCACCUAUGAUAUUUCCUCCCUUUCCUCCUAGUUACAAUGAGUCACAAAGGAGAUCUGGUUUGGGUGCAACUGUUACCCGCAUUCAGCGGAAUCAGCGUAUGACGUUUCAGUCGAACCCAUCUCGUCGCUAUAGGAGACGUUCAGCUGGGAUAUCUCGUCCUCGUUUUCAUUCAUCAAUACGUUCGCGUUUGUCACGACUUUUAUGUCGGAAUGCAUCACAUCAAUCUAAUCUCAGAAUUAAUAACACAUCUCGACAUUCUAGAAUGCAGUGCCACCUGUCUAGGUCUGUCGCUUCUGCUCCGAUUUCUUUUGGUGACCGAUUCAUCCAACCUGUUCUAAUAGUUGGGGACCCACCUACAAUCAGACCUACAGAAGAGCCACCUCCCAAAUAUUCUAUAUAA